AUUGGCCCUGCCGACAUGCCGUAGUGGAGGCAUUACUUAGUUCUGGAGCUCCAGGCGCGGAAAUUCUUGCAAAGGAGAAACUUUAAUCUCAAGGUAGCUACUUCGAGGGACCCCAAAGGAGAGAAAAGUGAACCAAAAUACUCUUUUGAUUGAGAAAACAGCUGCGAUGGAGGACGUCAUACGGCUGGUGUCGUCCGGCGAUGACGUGAAGAUCUGGAACUCCGCCUCCAUGACGAUGGUGGAGCAGUUCAACCCACACAGCGCAACUCACCCUGUGGCCCGUGUGUGCUGGAGCAGCAACAAUCAGUUCCUGGUCAGUGCCAGCACUGUUGGAGAUAAGUUGGUGGUCUCCAGCCUGAAGUCCUCACCUGUCCCAGUGGUGGAGCUGGCCGAGGGGAAAAAACAGACUCGUGUCAGUCUCAACUCUACCUCCCAGUUCCUUGUGAGUGGAGGCCUGGAUGGCACCGUCUACAUCUGGGAUCUGAAGACCAAGAAGCAGCACCGCACCCUUCAGGACCACAAGGAAGAAGUGACCUGUGUGUCCUUCAAUGUGAACGACAGCUACAUUGCUUCUGGCUCCACCAGCGGUGACAUCAUCAUGCAUAGCAUUACCACCAACUUGUCCAGCAAGCCAUUUGGACUUGGGCCCAACCAGCCCAUUCACGACCUGAAGUAUUCCUACGUGAAGAGGUCUCUGCUCGGGAGCGUUUCGGAUAGUGGCACGGUUGUGCUCUGGGAUGCCAACACGCAGAAGGAGCUGCAUGUGUUUGAGGGUUCCCACAAAGCCCCAUGUUCUGGGCUGGCCUUCUCCCCUGCCAAUGACCUGCUAUUUGUCACUGUGGGCCUGGACAAGAAGAUCAUCUGUUAUGACACCUCCAGCAAAAUUGUCUUGCGCAGCAUGCGUGUGGACUCUCCCCUGACUGCCAUUGACUUCACACCUGACGGGGCAGGGCUUGCUGUUGGCUCCACCCAGGGGAAGGUAUACCUGUACGACCUGCGAAAUCUCAACGCUCCGGUCAAGACCACAACUGCACACAAGACCUCUGUCACCUGCCUCCGCUUCCAGCACUGCCAUACGCACCAUUCCAAGUCCAGUAAAGGAGGGGUGUCCAGCAAGUCAACGGUUCCUAGCAAGAGGACGUCAGGGAAGCUGACUAAUCUCCAGUGGGGCCCUCCAGCUCCCACAACCAUGCCGAGCCCCAAACCUGUCACCAAGCAGUCUGUGGAUGAGAGAGGGGACUCUCAGAACUCAGGCAGAGACGUUUUCUCCAGACAGACAGAGGAGCAGCGCAAUGCUGACCGCCUCCCGAGCUUGGACAAGUUCAGCAAUGUAGGGCGCAACAGUCUGGACAUCUUCUCCCCCGUCCGAGAGGACUACAAAACGCACAAAGGAAUGGGAGACCCUCCUAGUGGGCAGAAGGCAGACGAGCUGGACUUCCUGUCCCGGUACUCCAGCUCUCUGCCCCACCGUAGGACUCCCCUUGGCACUCCAGCGGGGCACUGCUACAGCCCCCUGUCAGUGUUUGAGACCCCUCCACCAAUUAGAGAAGAGGAAACUGAUUCAGGCCACGCAGUGCAGGACAUCACACCGGGGGAGGGCAAGACGAGCUUCCCCAGCCUGGACCUGGACCCGCUGCCCAUGGCCGUCUCUCCCCAGGCCACGCCGACUCCGCUGGGAUCCCAAUCCAAUGCAGCAGCCGCGUCGAGCUGUGACACGCCACUCAACGGAAAACUGCCCACGAGCGCCCCAGCCCCUGCGCCUAGUGCAGGGGGUGUGGCCUCCUGUCUGUCAGAGCGCAUAAUGGAGACGAUAGGGGGGGAGCCAGGGGGGGCUCCUCUUACGUCUCUGCAGAUCCAUUUCAUUCGCAACAUGAUCCAGGAGACACUGGAGGAUUUCAGGGAUGCCUGCCAUAGGGACAUAGUGAACCUACAGGUUGAAAUGAUCCGGCAGUUCUACAUACAGCUGAAUGAAAUCCAUGGGCUGAUUGAGAAGUACUCUGUGACUGACACACUAGUAGAAGAGAUCGAGAAGCUGAAGGAAGAAAACCGAAGACUCCGAUCCAACUACUGAUGGCACUUUGGACCACACGCCCCGACCUGCAUCCCCCCUGCCCUUCGGCCAUCUUUGACAGACUGGCUUCCAAAGAGCUUCCCGCCCCAUUGCAGAAGGGCGGGAAUUCAGUAGACUGUCGGGGGCCCAGGUGGGUGUGAAGGGCGCUGAGCUCAGUUGUGGCCUUCCCACACAGAACAGCAGAGCGAGAAAAGUCUUUUUGUAUUUUUGAUAUGAGGUGUAUGAUUUUCCUUCAGUUUUCUUUGGAGUGGCUCAGGAUACCCGACUGCACUUGUAUGUGCCUUAGCAUCACGAGUACGACAGUGAGAGGUGGCGGUGCUGAAUUUUGGAGGAGUGCUCCGUAUUGCGAAUCUGUCUUGUGUCUGUGGGUACCAUCUGACUAUUGGAAUACCUUGGCACUCGCUCUCAGAGAUGACUGCAUGGUCGAAUGGUUUGGGUUGUUCAGUUGAUGCACAGUAAUCUGCUUUGCCAUGGGCCCCGCUGUGCCACAUUAGUCCUCCCUGGUGAGUUUUCUCAUUUGGAGAAAUCCCAGAGUGGCAGCACUGGCCAGACGCACCAUUGUCUCUUAGUUCGGCCUAAUGUACCCGGGAGAGUUCAGAGAGCAUUGUUUUUCAAUUAAAUUAUAGCAAUACAUGAUGUAGUGCACUAAUUGUGUGGCAAUACUAAUUAAAGAAGAAUGCAAAGUGGCAUGGUA